AUGACCACCCCACGCGGUGUCGCGCUCGGGCGCUUCGUCGGGCGCAUCGUCACCACCGCCGAUCGCUCGUGCGUCGUCCGACCCAGCGCUCGCGCGUCGCUCCGUCCGUCGCCGUCGCGUCCCGCUGGACUCUCAUUCACCCUCGAGUCGUCUCGCUUAGAGCGUCGCGGACGCUUCGUGAGGGCGCACUCCUCGACGAACACCCCUCUGUUCGACUAUACCGCACUCGUGGCGUCGACGAGCGAGAUUAAAGCCCUCGCGACGCCCGCAAAGGUGGACGCGGUGUCCCAGCAGGACGCGAGCAGCGUCGUCGUCGACGCGCGCUCGAUCGAUGGAAAGAUCGGGAUCAAGGUGAGCUGGCACCCCACGUCGGCGCACGUCGCCAUGUGCGCGCCGUUUGGUCGUGCGGAGAAGGGGACGAAUUUAAGCUUCGGUGAGGUGGCGACGAACGCGUUGAGAGGAAAGGUUUUGCUGGACGCGCGGUGCGGGACGCCGUGGGAGCGGGCGAUGUCGUUGUCGUUCGGCGAGCGCCCGGGAGGGGAGGUGGAGUACGAGUUGAUAUGUGAGAUUAUGGGGGCGCAGAGCAACGCGUUUUUGAUCGACGCGCAAAGGGAGCGGGCGGUGGUGGCGUGCGGAUAUCAGCCGGGCGAAGGACGAGCCGGCGUCAGACGGUUGGCGACGGGUAAGGCAUACGCACCACCUCCGACGGCUCCAGGUAUAGAUCCCCCUGAGGGGGUGAAGGAUGGUGCUAGAGGGUUCGCAAGCGUCGUUCAGGGUGUGGCGUCGACGCGGGAUGAGGGGGAGAGAUCGAGAUUGGACGCGUGCGUCGCUCGAGCGUUUCGAGGUGUAUCGCCGGCGCUCGCGCGAACGCUCGCGCGAUGCGCCGGUCUUCCGGACGGCGCCAUAGUCGGUGACGUUAUAGAUAGCGAGUGGACGGCAUUGUGCGAUGAAUUCAAUAGUUGGAUAGAGAGCGUGAGUAACGGCGAUGUGCCGUCGCUCGAUCGCGCGUCAUGGUGCGAAGACUUUGGACAGUUGUUGUUACACGUGAACGGCACGGGGACGCCACUGCCACCUCGUGCGGAUGAUCUGAGCGUCGCAGGCGGUCCUAUUGGCGAACUUUUUGGUGGGGUAUACGGUGAUGCCGGAGAUAAGGACGUGUUCGAUCGCGAGCGAUCGAGAAUUCUUCAAGCUGUGCGCGCUCGAUUGAAGAAGCUCGUCUCAAAGGAAGCCGGAUUUCGCAAGCAGUUGGAGGCGGCGAGCGGACACGAAAAGAUUCAAGAGCUCGCCGAUGCGCUGAUGGCGUACGCAUACAACUAUGUCGCGGGUGCGAGCUCGCUCGAGGGUCAAGAUUUCACCACGGGCGAGCCUGCGACGUUCGCGGUAGAUCCUGAAAAAGGUCCGGUUGGUACCGCCGAGGCGCUGUACAAGAAGACGCGCAAGCUGAGACGCACCGCCGACGCUGUCGAGCCGCUCAUAGAAGAGAAUGCACGAGAGAUGGAGUACUUACAACAAGUCGAGUUCUCCAUCGUCGAAGUGAACUCUUACCGAUCUCGAGAUGAUUUGCUCUUCAUUGAAGAAAUCUGUCUGGAGCUCGAGGAUGGCGGUUUCAUGAAACCCACCGGCAAGGGCGCUGAGGCGAAGAAGCGCGCGCAGACAAAUGGACAGGUAGGUAAGAAGGGAAAAAAUCAACCGAAAUCGGGCAAGGCUGCGCGCAAGCAGGAGCUCAUGAGCGCCGUUCGCGUGUACACGGCGCCGAGCGGUAAGGAGGUGUACUGCGGACGAAACUCUCGCGGAAACGAGGCGGUGAGCCUCCACCUGGGCAAGGAAUCCGACGUCUGGUUCCACGUCCGCGGCGCCCCCGGUGCGCACGUCAUCUUACGCCAACAACCGGGGGAUCACGCCUCGGACGAAGACAUGCAAUUCGCCGCCGACGUCGCCGCGUUCCACUCCAAGGUGAGAACUGGCGGCAAAGUCGACGUCAGCUACUGCUCCCCCAAGCACGUCCGCAAACCCUCGGGCGCGCGCUUGGGCAUGGUCACCAUCUCCAACGAAUCCGUUCUCAUCGCGAGGCCCGAUUCCGUCGCGAACGUCUGCGAAUCCGGCAUGGAUUAG